AGCGCUGUGGCACAGGGAAACUAAAACCCUAGGAGGGCCAGAGACCACCCUGGGCAUCCUGACCCUGCCCUGUUCUCACGGGGAGCGAUGGCACCAGGCAGAAGGGACGGGUGUCGCGGGUGGGGGGCGGUCGGGACAUGUGCAGCAGCACAGGCUGCACUCUGCAAGGCCACAGCCGGACACCGGCAGCUGGUGCUGCAGCUUGGGGGCAGCGCUGACAGCCCUCGGCUGCGCGAGGAGCGGCGCAGGAGGAGCACAGAGGCUCGUGAGCUCAGCACUGGGCUGCGGCGGGUGCUGCUGGCAGGGGUGAGGCAGGCACCAGCGAGCCCCCGGGAGCGGCGGGAGCUGGAGCGGCUGUGGGUGCUCUUCCUCUCAGCUCUGGAGCUCUUCCUGCAGGACCUACGCAGAGCCCACCACCUCUGUCAGCUGUUCUCCAUGCAAGAGGGUGGCGUGGCCCCGCUGCGCACUGGGAUGGGGGGCUGGGGGCUGCCUGGGCGGCGAGGGGGGGGUCCCACGCUGCCCCCAGCUGCCCAGGGCUUAGAGGAAGAGAUCGAGCAGGUGAGGGCCAUGCUGGCAGAGAUGGAGAGCGGAGCCAACAUUCCACCAUGGACGGUGGAAGCCACGGAGACCACGCAGCCAGCAGGGAUAGGUGGCACUGCAGCCAGGGGGGCUUGGGCAGGGCCCUGCACUGGGCACUGCUGUGGGGUGCUCUGAAGGGGAGGCCAGGAAGCAGCAAAGCUGGCACCCACUGUCACAGAGCUGGGUACAGGGUUAGGGUUAGUCCCCAGCCCC